GUAGCUUAGCCUCGGCCUGAAUACCGGGGAAACAUUGGCAAUGGGAAGUAGUCAUCAAUCAAGGCCUCCGAACAAAUGUCAUUGCAAUAUAGGAGUCAGAUGCAAAUAACGCAUACAGUCCUCUAACAGUGUCCGUCGUACGUCGGUCGAGGCAGGAUAUACAUUCGCCCAUCCCGUCUUACCAAACACGUCCCCUGUGCUGUCUGCGUUGAUGAGAACAGACGUCUGCUCCAUUCUUCACUUACCUGACUUACUCGUAUAUUCGUCGCCGAUAGGUCGAAAGCUCCCGCUAUGCCAUUUACAACGAGCUCUCUUGCGACGAAAGGAUUUCGAGCCAAACCCUCUAUCGCCCUCUUCCACCAUGGCCGAGUGCCCAUAACACGCAUCUCAAGUGCUUCGGUCAAGUUGCCGACGACCAGACAGCAGCAAUAUGUUGUGGCAGGGACGCCGUCAACAUCCGUUCCCACGCAGCCAGGAAGGCGAGAAUAUCCUUUGCCUAGUCAAGAGGUAACAAAGGACGUUCUGCAAUAUGCGUUGACCACCAUGGAUCGAGUUGUCAACUGGAUCCGACUGGGUUCUUUAUGGCCCAUGACCUUCGGCCUCGCCUGCUGUGCCAUUGAAAUGAUGCACCUUUCGACCCCCCGCUACGAUCAAGACCGUCUUGGUAUCAUCUUCCGUGCCUCUCCUCGCCAAUCCGACGUCAUGAUCGUUGCUGGUACUCUUACGAACAAGAUGGCUCCAGCGUUACGGCAGGUCUACGAUCAGAUGCCUGAACCGCGGUGGGUCAUCUCCAUGGGUAGCUGCGCGAAUAGUGGAGGAUACUAUCAUUACAGCUACUCUGUUGUGAGGGGCUGUGACAGGAUUGUACCUGUGGAUAUCUAUGUGCCAGGUUGUCCCCCGACGUCCGAGGCUUUAAUGUAUGGCAUUUUUCAAUUGCAGAGGAAGAUACGACGCACAAAGACUUGUCGAAUGUGGUACAGAAAGUAG